AUGAAAUCCUGCCUCACCACAUUCAUCCUCGUCGGACUCUUGAACCUGGCUGCUGCGCAAACCACAGACAGCACCACCACCUCAACAGCGGCCCUUGAACCAAGUCCGACAGAGAGCAUCGGCUGUGAACCUCACGGCGACCACUGGCACUGCGACGGCCCUGCCGAAACGGGCGCUGCUACAAAUGCCACAACAACGAACGACGAUGACGAGCAUGAUCACGAACACGACGAAGAUGAGCACACUGAUGCCGCAGGCACUGGAUCGCUGCCACCGAGCCCGGUCGCGAGUGUAGGAUGUGAGCCACAUGGCGACCACUGGCACUGUGAUGGUCCAGCAUCCACGACGUCGACGGCAGGAGACGCUGCAGCUCAGACUUCAAGCACUGUCUCGAGCGUGACGCCGGCUGAGCAGACCGGCUCAAGUGGUGCAGACCAUGUUGUCGCUGGUCUUAGUGCCGUCGUUAUUGCUGGGAUGGUGGCUGUUCUGUAA